AUGGCUCCUCCUAUCACCAACCUUUUCGAUGCGACCACCCAAGACAUAGAGAUGCUCCUGGCUGCCCAGGCUCAUAUAGGAUCAAAAAACUUGCAGGUCGGUCUUUGCGCGGAUUAGCGGAUUCUACGGCUUUGGAGUACCUGUGCUGACUGGAGCUCGGACAGGUUCACAUGGACCCCUACGUCUGGAAGACGAGACCUGAUGGUGUAAACAUCAUCAACAUCGGAAAGACCUGGUAAGUCCAUUGAUAAUAAGGCCCGAUCUUUGCUCCCUGAGGUCGGCUUCCUUGGGGCCAUUGAAACUUGGCCGUAUUUUUCUAACCCCGAAGAUAGGGAGAAGAUUGUUCUUGCUGCUCGUAUUAUCGCUACCAUUGACAAUCCGGCUGAUAUCUGUGCUGUGUCUGCCCGCUCUUACGGCCAGCGGGCCGUCCUGAAGUUCGCUGCUCACACCGGUGCUACUGCCAUCGCCGGUCGCUUCACUCCCGGCAACUUCACAAACUACAUCACUCGUUCGUUCAAGGAGCCCCGCCUUAUUAUCGUUACCGACCCCCGCACCGACGCUCAGGCCAUCAAGGAGGCUUCGUAUGUCAACAUUCCUGUUAUCGCUUUGUGUGAUACCGACUCCCCUACCGAGUUCGUGGACGUUGCUAUCCCCGCCAACAACAAGACUCGUCAUUCUAUUGGCCUCAUCUGGUGGAUGCUUGCCCGUGAGGUCCUCCGUCUCCGUGGAACCAUUUCGUCAAGAGAGGCUGAAUGGGACGUCAUGGUCGAUCUUUACUUCUACCGCGAUCCUGAGGCUGAGGAACAGAAGGCUGUUGAGGAGGCCGAUAAGAUUCCCGGUGCUGAGGAGGUUGUUGAGGGUGGGUUCUCUACUGGUGCUGCUGCUGGUGGCGAGUGGGAUACCUCCAACACUGCUGGAACCUUUGUGCCUCCCGAAGCUACUGGCACUGGAACUAGCUGGGAUGCUGAGGCAACAGGAGGCGAGUGGGCUGCGGAUACUACCGCAGCUGAAAUCCCGGAGGCCACGAGCGGUUGGUGA